AUGGCUGAAUAUCCUCCUAAUCAUAUCUUUGAUAUGACUAUGAUUGUAGGAGAAUGUCAAAACAAUUAUCGUGCAGCGGCACGGCUGUACGCUGAACGCUUUCCUUUAAGGAGAUUCCCUAAUCACACGACAAUACGCCGAUUAACUGAAAGAGCCCGCGAUGGACAUCUUUCUCGUCAACGCAGACACCGCGAAUACGACGAGAAUGAUUCUCAUGUUGUAACUGUCCUUGCAGCUAUUCAUCUCGAUCCUCACACUAGCAGUCGCAUAAUUGAAAGGGAAAUUGGUAUACCACGAACAACGGCUUUACGAAUUCUGAAAAAGCUGAAGUAUCACGCUUACCACAUCACCUUAGUUCAGGAAUUAAGACCAAAUCACGUUCAAAUGCGUAUUGAGUUUUGCCGGUGGGCUUUAAGAAUGACAGAAAAUAAUCCUGACUUUUUUAGGUACGUAAUGUUUUCUGAUGAGGCUACAUUUAACAGUCAAGGUCAGCUUAACAGGCACAAUUGUCACUACUGGUCUGAAGUAAAUCCCCACUGGCAUAGGACUGUUGACCAUCAACAUCGAUGGAGCAUUAUGGUUUGGUGUGGCAUAAUUAAUGGAUACCUUAUUGGACCUUAUGUUUUUGAGGAAAAUGUCGAUAGAUUUAGCUACUUAGAAUUACUUAGGGAACGACUACCAGAGCUCUUGGAGAAUGUAGAUUUGGAGACACGUCAGAGAAUGUGGUUACAACAAGAUGGUGCUGCACCCCAUUUUGCGCGAAUAGUACGUGAUUGUCUGAAUAAUAAUUAUAAUGACAGGUGGAUUGGACGAGGAGGUCCAGUUAACUGGCCUCCGUGUUCACCAGACAUAUCACCUCCGGAUUUCUAUUUAUGGGGCUUCUUAAAAGAUGCUGUUUUUAAACAACGACCAACAACCAGAGAAGACAUGAUAGGCCGUAUUCGUCGCGCUUGCGCAGUAAUCCCAAGGGAUACUUUGCUAAGGGCAGUGCAACAUUUUCAAAGGCGUGUAAAUUUGUGUCUUGAAGUUGAUGGAGGCAAUUUUGAACAUUUGCUUCAAUAA